AUGAAUAAUCUUAAUAAUUUCCCCCGACAUAAAUAUCAACAACAACAAAAACAACAACAAUUAAAUAAUAGACAACUUCAACAAUCCUCAAACUCUAUCCGUAUAGAAAAUAGUUUAUCAAUUUGGAUAUUAGAAGCUAAAGGGAUCCCUCCAAAACGAAAAUUUUUUUGUGAAAUUUCUUUGGAUAAUAUAAUUAAAGCAAAAACAUCAUCAAAAAGUUUAUCGGAAGGAAUUUGUUUUUGGGGAGAAAAUUUUGAUUUUCAAAAACUUCCUUUUAAUAGUCAACAAUUAUGUAUAGAUUUAAUGAGGGAACCAGAAAUGUUAAUUAAUAAUGGAGGAAAGAAGAGAAGAGGUGGUGGAGGUAAUGGAAAAUCUUCACAUGAAGAAUUACAUUGUUUAGUUGGUCUAGUUAGAAUUCCAUUAUCUCAACUUGUUGGUAAACAACCUAUUGAAAAAUGGUAUUUAAUAUCGUCUGGAGAACCUUCACAAACAUCUUCAUCAUCUACAGAUUCCCAACCUUCUUUACGUUUGAAAGCAAGAUAUCAAUCUGUCCAAAUAUUACCUUUAAAUGCUUAUUUGCCUUUUAGAAAGUCUCUCCACACAUAUUUUCUUCCAUUAUGUACAGCAUUUGAACCUAUUUUGGGUGUUAAAGCAAAGGAAGACUUUGCCAAUUCUUUAGUAAAAAUACUUCAUAUAGAGAGGAAUGCACCUGAAGCUUUGGCUGAAUUGGUAAUGGCUGAAGUUUUGACACAAGAAAAUGAUCAUCUUUUGUUUAGAGGAAAUUCACUUGCAACUAAAGCUGUUGAAGCAUAUAUGAAACUUGUGGCAACCGAUUAUUUACAGGUGUGGUUUUUAUUUUAUAAAAAAAAUUUUUUUUUUUUAUUUUUUUUUGAUUUUUUAAAAUUUAUUUUUGGGGCGAGUUAA